AUGCCGUCCAGUUCGCUGGGAGCGGACCCAAAAGGCCAAAACCCAAAACCCAAAAUCCAAACCCGCCGAUCAGCUUAUCCCCUUCGCAGGAGCUGCGAGCACAGGAGAGAGGAGACACAGAGGCGAGGCGCGCCAUUUGGGGGAGGAGAGGAAAUGGAGCUGACGCCCUCCUCCCGCUCCGUGCUCUCCUCCUGCAACUGGCUGGCCGCUCGAGCUCCGUGCAUGACGGCAUCCGCUGGUGCAAGGAGGAAGGAGAAGGGAGUAGUAUGUAUCUUGAGCGGCAGCGGGGAGAAAGACGUGGUACAGAGGAGGAUCCGGAGGCGAGCUGCCUUUUCUUUGCUGCUGGCUUCACCGGCGCUGUCAGUGGCGUUCUCGGCCUAUGGAAAGAGUAAAACCAUGAACCCUUACGAUGAAAGGCGGCUGCUUCAGCAGAAUAAGAAGAUUCAGGAAGCCAACCGUGCCCCUGACGAUUUCCCAAACUUCAUCAGAGAAGGUUUCCAGGUCAAAAUAGUGACAACAGACAACUACAUUACACGGGACUCUGGGCUAAUGUAUGAGGACAUUAAAGUUGGUACAGGUGAUUCUCCAAAGGAUGGUCAGCAGAUUAUAUUCCAUUAUGUGGGCUACAAUGAAGCAGGACGAAGAAUAGAUAGCACUUAUAUUCAGGGUUCCCCUGCAAAAAUUCGGUUAGGGAAUGGAACUCUAGUUCCAGGAAAAUCACAUCUCAUUUUAGACAUUGAUACUUCAGGUUUUGAAGAAGGCAUACGGGACAUGAAACCAGGUGGUAAGAGAAGAAUUAUAAUACCUCCAGAGCUUGGUCCUCCUGUUGGGCCUUCGACGUUCUUCAGUGCGAAGCAGUUCGAAGUGUUCGAUGUGGAGCUACUGGCGGUGCAGGACUGCCAGCGGAGGACGAUAGCCUUUUAUUCCGAUGUUGUGUGCAGCUGA